AUGGAUAACAUACAAGAUAUCACACAAGCGAUGCAGGAAUUCAAAUUUGAAGCUUUUCCUCAGGAAAUCAUACAAGAUAUCCUAUUUAGGCUACCCGUUAAAUCUCUGAUCAAUUGCACCUCAGUGUGCAAGGCAUGGAGGUCCAUGAUCAUGAACAAAACCUUUAUCCGCGCCCACUUAAGCCUAACAGUCGAUUUUGCUAACCAGGAUGACAUUGACCUCCUCCUACUCCACAUAAUUUCUGGUAGCAAUAGCCUCAACUACCACCAAAACACAGUCGUUCACAAGGUGAAAGACGAGGUUCACUAUGUGCAUCAUGAUAACCAAGCAUUUGAUGUGUACUCAAAGAUCGAAUUUCCAAUUGCUGCAAAGAAAAACUACGGCAAUUCACAUCUUCGUGUGACGCAUGGUGGGUACGAUGCUUCUAUUGGGUUCGGUUUUGAUGCUACAACCAAUGACUAUAAGGUUGUGCGAGUUGUGACUUUAUUGGAUUACUAUGAUGAGAAGUCAACUCUAGCUGAGGUUUAUUCCCUAGCCACCGGCACAUGGAUGAGUCUUGGUUGUGUUUCUCCUGCAUGUCUAAUAGAUAAAGCUGCAUCCAGUGCUUUUGUUAAUGGGGUUCUUCAUUGGCCUGUAGCCUGUCAGACAGAUGUUGAAUCUUACUAUAUUAUAUUGACAUUUGAUCUGGGCAAGGAGGUGUUCGGUCAGAUACCUAUGCCGAAGAUUAUUCAACGGGAUUACUAUUUGGGAUUGCAAUUGUCUGUUUCAGAUAACAAAAAAUCUAUUGCUUUGUUCAUGAGGCCCAACAAUCGUGAAGAUUUCUAUUGGGAUUGUGGGCGUGAAGAUUCUGUUCUUGAUAUAUGGGUGAUGAAAGAGUAUGGCAAAGAGGAAUCAUGGACCAAAUUGAUUACUCUCAAUCCACAAUGUCCAGAAACAAUUUUCCUCAGCGCCUUAUGUUUUAGGAAGAGUGGGGAAGUACUGUUACUGCUCAAAGAAAAAGAGAAGCAGGAACUAGUAUCACUAGACCUUGUGAGCAAACAGUUUAAACUUCUUGGGAUUUCUGGAUAUAAAUAUUGUACUGGUCAUUUUUAUAAAGAGAGCCUCCUCUUACUCGACAAGAGCGAUGCAGAGUCAUACCAAGAGAAAGAACAGAUUUUUAGUGCAGCAAUGUUGUUUGCCGAAAGUGCCUGACGUGCCUAAUGCCUGAUGCCUGAUGCCUGAUGUGCAUCAAUGUCCGUUUCUUGUUAUCUAUCUUGCUGAUGUAUUUUUGUUUUCUUGUUCAUUUUUUGCCGAUUUGUAGGGCAGUAGUGUCCUAUGCCUGAAGUGCCUGAUGUUUCUGUGUAUUUACUUGGCCUGGAACAUGUUAUCUAGUAGUUCUUGAACUAUUUAUUCUUCAGCUUUUGGG